AGAACGCUCAGACCGGUUUCUUCCGCCAUGAAGAGCGCCAUCCCACUGCUGUGUCUGCUGUCGUCGGCGGCGGCGCUGCCGUUUGGCAGGAUCGGCGCCAGCACCGGCCUGGCCGAGGGUUCCGUGAUGGAGGGGGAGAGCUUUGGCCCGCAGGGUGUCAGCCGCAUCACCAGCACCUCGUCUCGCGCAGGGGGCACAGCCUCUCAUGGCUCAUCUAGCUUCAGCGAUGCGCACGCCAGUAACAACCGUGACGGCACCGGCGCCAGCAACUCCUUUACCAGCGCCUCAUCCAAACAGUUUGGAGGCAAUUCGGGCAUCGGCUUUGGCAAUCUCGGAACCGGAUUUCAGCAGUUCGGAGGUGGUUUUAACAACCUGCAUGGAAGUGGCUUCGGCCAGUUCAACGGGGCUUUGAACCAUCUCCCAGGAGGCAUCGGUCCCCUCAGAGGAGGUUUCAGCCCUCUUGGAGUAGGCGUCGGUCAUCUCGGAGGAGGCGUCGGUCAGUUCGGACGCGGUCUGAACCGUUUCGGGGCCGGUCGUUUCGGCCAGUUCGGUAACAGAUUUGGCAGCGGCCUGAGCCACCUUGGUGGUGUCCACGCGCCCCACGUGGGCAGCUUCAGCUGGCACUAG